AUGAAAAGAUCAUUAGCACCUUCACUUUUAUUCGAGAAGAAGAAACAGAAAUUAGAGAAUCUACAACAGAUCGAAAAGUUGAUUGAACAACAACAGAAUCUGUUGAGUGGUGCUGAUGCAGCACCAAAGAGAGGUGCAAAGAAAGCUGCUGCUGCAAUCAAACCGAUCAAUCAUUUAGAUCUCUAUUCAAUGGUGCUCAAGAAAUCAGAGGAAGCCGAAGAGAAAAACGAAGAGACCAACAACAACAGUGCACCGGUUGCCGUGGAAGAAGAGAAUAGAAAAGGAAGGAAUGUAGUACUCCUCUCCAAUUCAAAACCGAUAUAUUAUCUUGCAAACUACAAGAGUACAUCGAGAAUAGACGAUGAAGGUCUGGCAAUUUUGGAGGUUGCAUACGAUGCUGUCACUAUACUCUCGAUGGAUGGUAAACAGAUAGGACGUUCUGGAUUGACACGUAUGGGUGCAACAGAUUAUGAAGAUGAUGAAGGUGGUGGAAGUGGUGGUGGUGGUGGAAAGACACAAAAAGUAUUGAUUAAAAAGAAAGAGGUAUUUUUUCAAGAGGAUAUCUCAAUGACGAUUGGAAGCAAGUGGUGUAAGAUCAUCUCAUCGGUCAGUGCUGAAGACUAUAAUAAUGGAACUAUUUUCUUAAAGACUGACGCUAUCAUAGCUAAUAAGAAGAAGAAGGAAGAGGAACAUCAAGUGAAAAAGUUAAAGUUUCGUUUGUCUGCCGCUGCCAAACCCAAAGGAUUUGUCGUUCCUUACAAAGGUGUCGACAGAACCAAGAAGCUGACGAAACCACUACACAAUCCAUAUGCACCGAAUGCUUUCGUUUUAUACAUGCCAAAGGAUCAGUUGAAUGGCGAGAUUCCGGUGGUGAUGGAUCCAAUGUUGGGAAACAAACUUCGUCCACAUCAACGUGUUGGUAUUCAAUUUAUGUUUGAUUGCUUACUCGGUCUCGGUGGAUUUAAAGAUGGCAACGGUUGUAUUCUCGCAGAUGAUAUGGGUUUGGGUAAGACUAUUCAAGCUAUCUCUAUCAUGUGGACACUUCUCAAGCAGGGAAUUCGUGGUGAACCUACAUGUCAGCGUGCUAUUAUUGUCGCACCAACUGGUUUAGUCGGUAAUUGGGUGAAGGAGUUGAAAAAAUGGUUGGGCGAAGGUAUCAAGUCGAUUCACAUUGGAAAGUCAACACCAACGGGAAGAGCAAAGUUGGCACAGCUGGAAACUGGUGAUGCCGACGUUCUGGUGAUUUCCUAUGACCAGCUGAAGAUUUGGAUCAACGACUUGAUAAAGAUCGAUAUGAUUGGUUUGGUUAUUUGUGAUGAAGGUCACAGAUUGAAGAAUGCAGAGACCAAAUCGACUCAGGCAGUCAACAUGUUGCCUACGAAACGUCGUGUCAUUCUCUCUGGUACUCCCAUUCAAAACAACUUGAUGGAGUUUUAUGCGAUGGUUAACUUUGUUAAUCCCGGUGUUCUCAAAUCGGUACCGAUGUUCAACAAUGUCUAUAACGGACCGAUCUUGGCGAGUCGUUCGCCAGAUGCCACUCCAGAGGAGAAGCGUGUUGGUCGUGAGCGUUCUCUGAUGCUGACAGAGAUCACUGGUAAAUUCAUUCUAAGAAGAACUGCAGCGAUCAACACACAAUAUCUGCCUAAAAAGACAGAGUACACUGUGUUUUGUAAACUAUCACCCCUUCAGAAAACAAUCUAUUUGAAACUAUUGGAAAUCAUCAAAGGUCGUGGUUAUCAAACAUUCACUGGUGCACUACCACUGAUCACAUCGUUGAAGAAACUAUCGAAUUGUCCAGAGUUGGUGUAUACUCCACCAUCGGCAAAAGAAGACGAUAAAGAAGAAGAGAAAGCUGAAGAUGUCUCUUCUGUGAUUCACGGUCUCUUCCCAAAGGAGUUCAACACUAAAGUCAGUCAGCCACAAUACUCUGGUAAACUGCAAUUUAUCGAUACUCUCAUGCAACAGAUCCGAAACAAAACCAAAGAUCGUGUCGUUGUAAUUUCCAACUACACUCAAACACUCUCUGUUCUCGCUAGACUAUGUAACGAGCGUGGUUAUCCAUUCUUCCAAUUGGACGGAUCAACACCAUCCGAUAAAAGACAAGUUUUAGUAGAUAAAUUUAACGAUCCGUCGAGUCCACAAUUUGUUUUCUUAUUGAGUUCAAAAGCUGGUGGUAUUGGUUUGAAUUUAAUUGGUGCCAAUCAUUUGAUUUUAGUGGAUCCAGAUUGGAACCCAGCUAAUGAUGCACAGGCUAUGGCAAGAGUUUGGAGAGAAGGUCAGAAGAAGGUGGUAUCGAUUUACAGAACACUGUCAACUGGAACUAUCGAAGAGAAGAUCUAUCAACGUCAGAUUACAAAGAUGGCUUUGUCUGUUAGUGUUGUCGAGGGUGACUCUGAUAAUGCCCCGUCAUUCGACACCAAGGAUCUCAAAGAUAUUUUUAACUUGCGUGACGACACUCUCUGUGACACUCACGAUAUGCUCGGAAGAAUCUGCGAUUGUGGAGCACCCGCCAGAAACAAGGAUGUCAAGUCGGCCGAGCGUCAAGGUAUGGCAAUCAGUGAACUGGCAACCUACAAACACUAUCACGAUAUGUCGAAAAUCCCCGACCCAAUCCUAUCGUUUGCCGCCAAGAACAACUGUACAUUUAUUUUUGCCAAUGACAAGCCACCCGUUGUCAAAGAACGCAAGAAGAAAGAGGAUGAAGUAGAGAUUGAAGACACACCCACCGAAGCAAACUUUGUUGUUGAAGACGACGAGGAUUUAUCAUCAAGCGAUGGUGAAUAUCAAGCAGAGGAUGAUGAAUAA